CGUCCGAGCAAACAGUCUCCAGAAUGGCUCUGCGCUGCUGCCACACCAUCCCUGCCCUGGGGCUGCUUGUACUGGCAAUAGUUGGGAUUCUGCUGGUGGUCCUUCCAGCUAGAGAGAUGCAGACACCACCUGAAAACACGUACGGAAUUGUUCUGGAUGCCGGCUCAUCCCGCACCACCAUGUACAUCUACAAAUGGCCGAAUGACAAGCAAAAUGGCACUGGUAUUGUUACCCAGCACAGCGAGUGUAUUGUAGCAGGUCGAGGGAUAUCCAGCUAUGCAGGUCUUCCUGGUGGUGCAGCCAAAAGUCUGGAGUUCUGCCUGGAACGAGCCGUGAAGGAUAUCCCCAAACCCAGGCACCACCAAACUUCACUCUGCAUGGGAGCUACUGCAGGCAUGAGACUCUUGAAAGAAGUCAAUGCCACAGAGUCUCAGUGGGUUCUGCAGGAAGUGGAGAGCAAACUGCGGUCUUACCCUUUCAAUUUCAAAGAGGCAACCAUCCUGAGCGGACGGCAGGAGGCGGCAUAUGGCUGGGUCACAGUCAACUACCUACUUGAAAACUUUGUGAAGUACGGCUUUGUAGGGCGAUGGCUGAAUCCAGGCAGAGAGAGGAUCGGAGCUCUGGAUUUAGGGGGAGCUUCCACACAGAUUGCUUUUGAAACCUCGGAAACGGUGGAGAACGAGGCUAAUGUGAUGGAGCUGAAGCUUUACGGACAAACCUACAGACUAUACACCCAGAGCUUCCUGUGCUACGGCCAAGACCAGUUCCUGAAAAGACUGCUGGCUCAUCUUAUCACGACUGCAGGUGUGACGCCCCAGGUGGCUCAUCCCUGCUAUCCACAACAGUUCAACACAUCCAUCCAGCUGGGGAAGGAUGUCUUUGAUUCUCCAUGUACGCAGAGCUACAGACCAGCCCACUUUGACCCCCAGAUGAAUGUAUCAGUAGUGGGCACAGGAGACUACCAGAGCUGCCUGGACAACAUCACAAAGUUGUUCUCCUUCGACAACUGCACUUACUCAAAGUGCUCCUUUGAUGGAAUCUUCCAACCCAACGUGAGCGGAAGCUUUAUGGCAUUCUCUGCCUUCUUCCUCAAUCAUAACUACAUCGACCUGCUCACCAAAAUCCCCGUGACGUCCCCCAGUCGACUGAAGGAGGCAAUUCGACUCAUGUGCAACAUGACCAUCACUGAGCUGACUCAAAAGACGAAGCAGAAGAUGAAAUACGUGAAGAAUAUCUGCGCCGUCUCCAAUUUCGUCCAGGUCCUCUUACUGCAGGGCUACAGUUUCGAUGAGCACUCCCUUCCCUCCAUCUCUUUCCAGAAAACGGCAGGAGGAGCAUCUGUAGGCUGGGCUCUGGGGUACAUGCUGACUCAGAGCAGUCUGGUACCAGCAGAGAGACUGGGACUGAUGAAGGCUCUGCCCCCAGGGCCCUGGGCUGGCGUUCUCUUCCUAUUCAUCGCCCUCCUCCCCGUUGCAAUGGUAUACCUACUGAUGAUCUACCGAAAGACAAGAACUCAAGAAGGCAUGGUGUAAGAGCAAGGGGGACACACCUUCAUAUUCCUCCUAGAGAAUGCAUAUGUCCGUCCAAAACCUUCAAUAUGUUUUGGAAAAGUUUAAAUAUCUGCACCAGUGUAUAUGUAUAGCAGUGAAAAUCAGUAGUGAACUCAACAAAGCAGUAAAAUAUGACCGCCACUAUUUCCUUUGCAAAUGCACUAAACCUUCUGCUUGUUUGUGGAGAUUCGCGUCAAAGUGUGUAACUUACACACUGUACAGAAUAAACCAAGUUUUUGGUAAUUGUUUUGGAUUCAUUAAGUAAUAUUACGCCCACUCACAACAUGCACGUUAGGGCAGUGCUGUUUUUGUGUUCUCUGGGGGGGGGCUGUGGCUCAGGGGUCAUCUUACAAUGGGAAGAUCGGUGUUUCGAUGCCCCGCAUGUUAAAGUGUCCAUGUCCACUGAACCCCAAACUGCUUCCAAUAUGUAUGUGUGUGAAUGUGAAUUAGUUUAGUCCUGAUGGGUCCCUUGGUGCCCUGUCAUCAGUGUGAGUGUGUGUCAAUAGGUAGAUGAUGACGUGAUGUAGUGUAACUGUGCUUCUUGGUGUUCUAAUGAGUUCUCAGCUGUUGAGUUUCUCCCAAAAGAUGUUUUAGUUAAGUUAUUAAGCUGAAUAAAUCUGUCACAUUUGUGUCAUGUAUGGCUAGUGGUAUAACUAGGACUAGUUAGAUGCAGAUACAUGUUUCUGAGCUCUCCAUGUUUUAUAUCUCAACCUGUCCUCUGGGGCCGGCCACAACAUGUGCGGUGAUUGUUGUUCCUCUGCAGCAAAUGUCUUAUUGGUCACCAGUUAGGCUACUAUAAUGUCCCCAAGUGCUUAAAGUCAUCUGAAGCCACCAAAGAACAAUUAAACAUUUCUGUGGAUUCCCGUUUCUGAUCAUUAUUAUUUCUCAACAUGUUAAUAAUUAUCAUUCAUAAACACAAAUACUUCUAACAAGUGACACAUUCAACGUUCAGCAUUCAGCCAAUACAGCAAACUCAGUGGUUUGCAAUUAACCACAAAAAAGUGAAUUUGUCCUUUUCUCCGCAGAGCAUGAAUGAAGUACGGAACAAUAGCCUUCGCUGGUGACUGUUUAACGGCAAAAGUUUCAUCAUUUGGUUUUGAAAGCGACUUUUGGGACUUUUUGAUUUGGCGGUUGGCAUGAACUGGUUUGUGACUGGAUUAGGGGCGCAAACAGGAAAUGGAUGAGGAUGAUGAUGUGGGUUGUGAUGGCUGGAAGCCAGUCUCUGGUGAGGAGGACGGGAGAGAA